UUAAAAUUCCUAUUAAUGCAUCGCAAUUGGGCACAGAACGUACCUUUGCCAGGAAGUGUGAAGCCUAUAUAUGGUGCUCAAUAUCCUCCUUUGAAGCAUAAUUCGGAAAUAAGCAACUCUCCAUCCAAGACGGAGUUAAAGUUCAGGAAUUACGAGGAAAGUGUUUCUGAUGCAUGGGAUACAGCUGUUUCUAUGGAUGACACUCUCAUUUUGUCGACUGCAGCGGCAUGCUGCUGAGCAACAAAUUCCGUCUUCUGAUGUAUUCAGGGAGGAUUACCUAAUGCCUAAUUGCUAUUCUGCACCUUCAAAGCACCAUAAAACUCAAGCUAUGCAAAUGCUUGCAACUCAGAGAGAACCAAUACCUGGAUCAGCAACUGCACUUCCCGUCGGUCGUCAAAAUAUUUAUCCAAGGCUACCUGAGGUUUCACUCACGACUAGGCCGAUUAGUUCUUCAAUUACCACGGGUUCGCAAUCGAUACCGUCACUAAGUUGUGUAACAAGCCAGCAAAAAACUAAAGAUUCUAGUGGCGAUGUCUCGCGAUUUGAUAGACUACGGCGAAUAUUGGGCAUUCUGCUAGACAAUAGCAACCAUCAUUACCAGCAACCAGCACCGGGUACAAUUGUCGACUUAAACGAGUUACGUAAGGAAUGCUGGCUUGGAAUCCCCCAGCGGAUUCGUCCGCUUGCAUGGCGCAUUCUUUCGGGCUAUCUUCCGACAAAUUUGGAUCGUCGUGAGGUGACAUUAAAACGGAAACGAGAUGAAUAUUGGGAUUAUGUAGAGCAGUAUUUUCACACUCGUUACGACGAGCAGCAUCAAAUCACAUUUCGUCAGAUUCAUAUCGAUAUUCCCAGAAUGUGUCCUCUGAUUCCAUUAUUUCAACAAAAGAAAGUGCAGGAGAUGUUUGAACGUGUACUCUACAUUUGGGCAAUUAGGCAUCCAGCAAGUGGCUAUGUUCAAGGAAUUAAUGAUUUGGUCACGCCCUUCUUCAUUGUGUUCCUUUCUGAAUUUAUUCCUGAUGACCUUGGAAGUUUUGACUUAUCUCUUCUAAACCGUGAGCAAGUGGAAAUUGUGGAGGCCGACUCAUUUUGGUGCGUUUCUGCGCUUCUUGACACAAUACAAGAUAACUACACAUUUGCUCAACCUGGAAUUCAACGCAAAGUGAAUGAUCUCCGUGAGCUUAUUAGUCGUGUUGAACGAAAUUUAUACACCCAUUUCGAAUCGAACGGUGUUGAAUUUCUGCAGUUCUCAUUUCGAUGGAUGAACAAUUUACUGAUGCGCGAAAUUCCCUUACGUACCACUAUUCGACUUUGGGACACAUAUCUGGUUUUUGAAUGGUUUUUUUCGAUUAACAUUUAUUUUUAG